GUUUUUUUUUUUUAAUAAUAAGUACUGAGCCCAAGUAAAUAGGUACACAAUUUAUUCAGUUAACUUGUUUUUAUUUCGCGUUACUAGAUUAUUAGAGAAACUAUUUUCGAAAAAUAAAUAUUAUCAUGAUCUUAAAUUACUGAUGACCUUUGUACCGCAAAAUAUCUAAUAAUAUUCCGUGAGACAGCUGGUACUAAAAUCGUGAAAUAAAAAUAGUAAUAUUCUCGUGCGUGGCACCCCUGCUUUUAUCACGGGCGUUUUGCCACAAUCGGUGUAGGGCGCAUAAAAGCGACGCGAUGCUCGGCGCGCGCUCCAUUCGCUCACAGACCGCCGCGCGCGCCGCACCAAUGAUCCUCCCGCGCACCAUGUCCCCGCCGCACGGCGCCUUCCACCCGCCGCACGCGCACCCAGACGAGGAACCUGUCUCCCGUACCUACCAGUAUCGCAAAGUCAUGAAACCCAUGCUCGAGAGGAAGCGAAGAGCCCGCAUCAACCGGUGCCUCGACGAGCUCAAAGAUCUCAUGGUCACGGCCCUCCAAGCGGAAGGGGAAAACGUCUCCAAACUAGAAAAAGCGGACAUCCUCGAACUCACCGUCCGACACCUCCACAGUCUCAAGAGGAGGGGUCAGCUAGUGUUGAAACCGGAGAUGUCAUAUGCAGAGCGCUUCCGUGCUGGAUUUACACAGUGUGCUACUGAAGUGUCACAGUUUAUUGCGAACGCGACGUUGGCCGCUAACGCGAUGCAGCGUCAAGGCCCAGUGGAUCCCCAAGCCGGGGCGAGGUUGUUGCAGCAUCUUAGUGGUUGUAUACGGAGGUUGGAGAAUCCCCAAGUUGUGCAGCCUCAGCCGAUCGCGCCUAAUGGAGUCGCGCGGCCGACGCCGUUACCAGCAGUAGCGCAAACACAGCAACCGCAAGCACCUCAGCAGGGGCCGGAGAGGACAUCGUUACAUGAGCGAGGGUUGAAGAGGCCAGCAGAGGCGCUGGUGGACGUGGAAGCGGCGCUUGCGAAGCGAGCGUACGCGCCGCCGUCGCCGCCCCACAGCCCCGCCUCCGAGCCCGACCCCGCCCAGUCGAUGUGGCGGCCCUGGUGACGGCCCAAGCAUGAAGACAUCAGGACUGUGUGACCCAAGUUUAGUGUGAUACGAACUUUGUUGUUUAUUUAUUGUAUGUUCCUAGAACCGAUGUGUGUUAUGGUUAAUCUUUGCAUGGUUAGUCGUUCUGCUCGCUUACGCUUGUUGAAGUUUGUGUUUGGAAUUAAUAAAUAAGGUUUUUGUUUUUAAUUAAUAAUUUUGUUAUUUGAUAUCCUACUUCAACACGUCUUCCGCGUCGGGAAAUAGCAUUUAAUACAUGUUUAGUUACAUAGAAUAGACUCUUAAUGGUAGAUUAGAUAGUACCUAAGUUAACUCUGUGAUAUUAAAUGGUCUUAAAUCAUGGAAAGUUUUAAAUAUGAAAUAGUAACGACUAGGUUUGAUUCGCAAUUGUUAAUUAAGAAAAAUAAACAUCCUGUUAUGAUUCCUAAA